ACAAGUAAUAGCGUUUUCAUAUCUGAUGGGAAUUCCAGCCUAAUUGACUCAUAUAUCUUGUCAUCUCCUGUAAUGAACACAAGCUUUAUGAAUGUGCGGCGGUGUAUAAAUGCAUCAGUGCUCUUCACAGACAGCAGACAGCAUGCUAGCGUCCACACUGCUGCUUGUGCUGGCGAUGCCCAUGAUUUGGGCUCAGCCCUACCCCAUCCCUCCGACCUGCUACACCAAAGUGCUGAACAUGGGUAAAGAGAUCACCCAAAGAGCGGCCCAAAUCAAGACUGACCACGACACUUCCAGAUGCACAGCUCACCUGCCCGACCUCUACAUCAAUGUUCAUAACGCUUGUGGGAUGUCCACUAUGAACUCGUAUCUGUCUCUGCUGAGCGGUCUGAGAGAAAGGAGAUGUGCUUACACCAGGAAAGUGCAGAAUCUAGCUGCUGUGACCAGACAACUCUAUUUCAUCAUGUCACAAAAAUGUCACGGGGACUUGGUUUUCACUCGUGAUAACUGUAAAGCGUUACAUCACAGAGGAUGGAGAGGCUGAGAUCACUGCAGACAUCACCGGACUGAG